ACGAAGCGGGACCUGACAUAGUGACCCCUUUAACUCUUCAGUGGAGCCCAAGUCGCUUUGCCGGUUUAACGUAAGGCCGUGUCGAUCGGCGAAGGUCCAAAAAGGUGAACCAUUGUUGUGUAGUGUCGAUCAGUGAUUCGUCAGGAUUGUUUUGGGUUUUUUUUUCCUUUCGUCCAACCUAGUUCGAAAACGAAGAAGGGUUUCACGAUCAUCGCUGUGUAGUUCUUUUCGACUCCAGUACACUGGAAAAGUGCAACAGCCCAUGUCAACAAGCACCUUCUGAGUGGAUGUGCGAGUGGUCAGUGCCUGAUUGGGGCGGGGCGGCCAUCCCCAGCCCGCCUCCGGACAACCUCUAUUCACCACCUCAGACGGUGGUCCGAUGUGAGGUGCAGUCCGACCCCCUGUGGGCUAAGAUGAGCACGGCAGGAGUCAACAGCAAAAAACGAAAGAAACCUGAAACCAAGCCACAGUCUCAGCUUAAUAAGUGCCUUAAUGAGAAGCGGAGGCGAGAGCUCGAGAACGUGUUCAUUGAAGAGCUGGCCGAGCUCAUAUCGGCUAGUUUUGCUGAUAUGAGCUCACUUUCCGUCAAGCCUGACAAGUGCGCCAUUCUUCAGGAAACCGUCAACCAGAUACGGCAUAUAAAAGAACAGCAAGCAUCUGCGACCAUCGACGCAGUACAGCAAGGGGAGGUUUCUUCCUCGAAGCCGACUAUUUUAGCCAACGAGGUCUUCGGCCCUCUUCUACUCGAGGCUCUAGAAGGUUUCUUAUUCGUAGUCAAUUCAGAAGGCAAAGUGGAGUUCGUUACAGAAAACGUGUCCCAGUUUAUAAAAUACAGCAAAGAGGAGGUCCUAGGGAAAAGCGUGUACAACAUACUCCACCACGGCGACCACACGAGAUUUUCAUCUUGCCUCCUUCCCCCAGCGUGGGGGAGCCUGGAAGGGUCGACCGCCCAGGCCGGAGGGGCACCACCCCCCAGAAAUAGGACUUUCAAUUGCAGGUUCCUUGUAAAGCCCCCUGACGACAACGACCAAACUAUGGAAGAAAAGCAGCAGCGAGUGUGCAAAUAUGAGAACAUGCAGAUCUCUUCAACACAAUUACCACAAAGUGUAGGCGGAGCGAGUAGCGAUAAUAAUGACGAGAGCGGAGACAUGAGUCACUGCUUAAUGUGUGUAGCCAGGAGGAUACCACUCAAUGAAAAACACCUAAGUACACCUAUUGAACAAUUCAGUAUGAAGCUAGACACCUCAGGGAAAAUAAUUGCCGUUGACACUACUGGGAUAUCUACCUCAUAUACACAUUUCUUAAAUAAAGAUUUGCUUAAUAGAAACCUUGAAGAGUUAUGUCAUACAAGUGACCUGGCAAAACUCUCAGCACAUCUUAAAGAAGCCCUUACCGUUGGGCAAAGCACAUCCCCCAUUUACCGGCUAAGAGUGGCGUCUCAAUCGACCAUGCAGGAAAAGUAUGUCCAUGUCCAUACCAAGUCAAAGUUGUUUAAGUCGUCCAAUUCGCAUGAAAUGGACUUCAUAAUGGCCACUCAUUCCAUCAUUGGAGAAAAUGAGUUGCCGUUGCCCAGCUUGGAAAGCUGUUCUUCCCCGGUGGGGAUUGGGGGAAACAGUCAGAGUUCAACGAGUUCUGUAGGAGCGACGCUUGUUGCGAACGUGAAUGGGUCGAACACACGUGGUAGUGUGAGCUCGUCUGAAGUCGCUAACACGAUAACCCUCAGCAACUCGACUGCUUUCCAAACUGUCACUCUAAAUUCGACUGACCUGGAUUUUACAAGUUUUGACAUGUUCCCAAGCUCGACGUGGGAGCUUGGAGAAGAGCGAAUGUGGGAAAGACCAGAGUCGCGAGCAUCCCUCACGCCUACCCAAAGCCCUUUGGCCCCUGCACCAACUACCCCUUUCACUUCAACAAACUUCCCGUUCUCACCUCCUCUUGGAGAAGACAAAGAGUCGGAUGAUAUGGCCUCUUCGGAUUCAGGUCGGUUGAGGAAUCUAUUGAUGACGAAAAGGACUAGCACAGACUCUGAACCAGAUGGAGGCACUUCAAACAGGAAUCGAAAUCGAAUACUUAAAGGUCUUCUUAACCAAGAGGAGGACGAGCAUGCAUCUGCUGAACAACCUAAACAGCCCAACAACAUGUUACUGAAGCUAUUAAAUGAAAAAAGCGAUGAUGACGAUGUUGAAGCAAGAGCAGGUCUUAAAAAACAGAAUGAGCUUCUGCAGCAACUAUUAAAAGAAGAAGAGCGCAACCAAGAGUCUGGAACUAGUAGUGAAGAGCCUCUUCUGAAGAACUUUGUUUUUCGUUCAACGUCUUCCCCAGCUGAAAGUAUUGGAAAAGGUAGGAAGAGGCCAAGUUCUGAAGAUGCGCCUAACAUGAAUCAAGACGAAACCACAAGAGGACCCAAAAGGCCUACUUCUGUGUUAGAUGCACUUCCACCAGCUACCCCUGUUUCUUCCCCUGGGAACUCUAAACUCUGGGAGAAAAAUAAGAUGCUAGCCACUCUCCUUGCCAAGAGGCCUUCUACUCCAACCACAAUACCUCCUAUUCCUGCUAGUGUAAUAUCAGCUACGCCUCAGGACAAAAUGCCAAGGAUCAAACAAACAAACCCACAACAAGGUGGUUGGCAUGGCGGUUCGAUUCAGCAGAAUACGAAUCCCGUACCUUCUCCUGGUCAAGUAAACCAACAGCAACAGGUGGUCCAAAGACAGGCUGGUGAGCUUAGUUCACGAUCACAGCAGGCCAUGUACAACCAGCAGCAGACCUGGGACGAUCAGUCAUCAUCAGACCCUAUUUUAUCCAAGAUUCUUGACCAAGUCAUUGAAUUUGUCCCUGACCCCUCUGAUCUCAUGAAUAUGAUCAAUUCAAUGGAGGCUCAGACAAGUGGACAAAGCGGAGGGCCCCCUUUUGCCGAUCAAGACCUUAUAAAUGAGAAAAUGGCAAUACACGCCAUACAAAAAUCAUUAAUGUUGGAUUGUGAAUCUGUAAACAACAAUCCUGUUUACAAUUCAAACCAGCCCAUUACAACUAAUCAACAAACUAACCAACAGCAGCAGCAGCAACAGUUUCCUCCACCUCCUGUUUACCAUCAAAGGCAAAGGUUACCACUUCAAGCUCAGUUGCGGCAAGCCCAAUAUACAACUAUUACCAAUCCGCAACAUCAUUUGAUGCAACAGCAAUUACAACAACGGAGUAAAAUCCUACAGCAACAACAACAGCAGAAACAACGAUUGCUGCAACAACAGCAACAGCAACAAUUGCUUAUACCUUCCAAUGCUGCUGCCAGUUCAGCAGACCCGGGAAUUCACAAUAUCGACUCCCUCAUGACCGUGGCUCCCAACGUUUCCUUACAAAGAUCCGGAAGCGUUCCGGAUUCACAGCAUUCGCCAGUUAACAGUUAUAGUUCUGGUGGCAACAAUCCGAACAUGAUCAGGUCUGGAUCUCAAAUAUCGCCUGGCAAAAGGCAGCCGUACUCUCCACAGCCGUUUUCUCCAGUCAAUGGUGGGAUGAAUAGUUUCCAAAAUGCUGGCAGUGGAGGUAGUGGAAGUGGUGGAGGCAGCAACCAGCCGGCCACAGCCAAUCCAACAGGUCAAGGCCAACAAGCAAGGCUCAGUCCAACAUCCCUACAAAAUUUCCAGCAAGCCCAGCUUUCACCUAGGCUUUCUCAGGCACAACAGGGCUUUGGUAGUCAAACACAAAGUACAACUUGGUCACAGCAGCAGGCCAAUAGGCUGUCUCUUCAGCAGCAGCAAAAUCCUAUGCUCAAUGCUCAAUUAACGGGUAGUAACUACAGUUCUGGAGGUGUAAGAACUGGUUUCACACCUUCAACACCACCUGGAAGUGGGGGUGGUGGCACCGGCGGUGUAGCGACCGUGACCCAAGGUGGUGUGAACCGAGGAGGCCUCCCACCAGUGAGGUCACUCACAAGUCCAGGAUCCAGACAAAGCCCCUUUCCUCCUGAACUUUCGCCCACGACAGCAGCGAGUUACCACAGAUUGCAGAGAAGUAUGUCUGGACCACACCCUGCACCGCCACCACCACAAAUACCUCAAGCAACAACCCAUCUUCCAGGAGGCGGUCGUUGCAUCCGUCCCAGUUACAUUGGGAAGGACCUGCAGGAGCUUCAACCAUACCAUCACCAACCACAACAACAACAACAACACCACCACCCCCACCAUACACUCAUUUAUCCUGACCAGCAGUACACUGGCCAGUACCCGGGUGUUGAAGGGUACAGCCUUAGGCCCCACCCUAGCGGUGGGAACAACGGUAUGACGGAGUAUGUUAGGCAGGAACUGAGGGCGAUGGUCGGUGCAAGGACCGGGGUGACAGGGAGUGGAGUGAGACAGUCAGGCGGUGGUCAGCAAGUCACGAUGUCACCCCAUCAUCAGGUCACCGGCCUCGAGAACCUUGGGAUAUCUUUUGACAUCCAACCACAAGUUGGUGUUUCUGAAAGUCCUAAAAUGUGGAGUGGCAUGUCAGAUAUGGGAGGAGCUAGUCCUCAAUCUGCUUCGCUGGCUUCAAGGAGCGGGCUUGAAGAAGUCAAUAGACCCAAUGACCAAAAAUCCUCCCUCCUACAGAAAUUACUUUCUGAGUAGCCUCGUGUACCUGUUCAUAAAUAGACUUUAUUUUACAUUUCUUCAAAGUGCAUUAUUAAUUGUUAUUAGUAAUAAAUCUUUAUAUUUUAUUUUGUGGAUAAACACUCUUGAAGUUGUAAAGUUGCAUCUUAACAGAAAUCUUAGUUAUUUUUCAAUUUGAAAACUUGAAAUGGACAAUUUUAUCAAUAGAUUUCUUGUUUAUGGAAGUUUAUAU